AUGAUUAAGCAGGGGAACACCAAGUGGGUCCUGCGGUUGAACUUGGCAUAUUCCAGAGACAGAAAGGUUUCUAGUGUCAAGUGGCUGUAUGCUGAAAGUAAGAAGGAAGAGCAAGUUGCCAAGACAAAGCAGCAGAUCGAGGAGCAGCGGGUGCAGGUGCAGGUGGUGGAGCGAGCCCAGCAGGUGGCGGUACAGGAGCAAGAGAUUGCUCGCCGAGAGAAGGAGCUGGAGGCCCGUGUGCGCAAGCCGGCCGAGGCUGAGCGCUACAAGCUGGAGCGCCUAGCAGAAGCUGAGAAGUCCCAGUUGAUUAUGCAGGCCGAGGCAGAAGCUGAGUCUGUGCGGAUGCGGGGGGAAGCCGAAGCCUUUGCCAUAGGGGCCCGAGCCCGCGCAGAGGCUGAGCAGAUGGCCAAGAAGGCAGAAGCAUUUCAGAUGUAUCAAGAAGCUGCACAGCUGGACAUGCUGCUGGAGAAAUUGCCCCAGGUGGCAGAAGAGAUCAGUGGUCCCUUAACCUCAGCCAACAAGAUCACAUUGGUGUCCAGUGGAAAUGGAACCAUGGGAGCAUCCAAAGUGACUGGGGAAGUCCUGGACAUCCUAAGCCGCCUGCCAGAGAGUGUGGAGAGACUCACGGGUGUCAGCAUCUCCCAGGUGAACCACAAGCCUUUGCGAACAGCCUGAGUCCUCAGCCUUGCCAGUAUCCAGUCUUGUGGCCCAAGCUACCUGAAUGGUUCCUGCUGCAUGCACCCCAACUGGCCUCCAUGAGCAUGUCCUUGGACACUGGGGUCCCAUCUCUCCUUGCCAAAUAGCUUGUGCCUUGCCGAGGAGGGGGUUGUCCCCUUCCUAGUCCCACACUGCCAAGAUGCCAGUGCCCUAGGGGGUCCCAUGCCAGCCUUUGAAGAUCCCACCCCAACUUAUUUAAUUAAAAACUAGAUGCUCUGAA